GGCGGCCCCCCCAUCCACUCCCUCAACCUGCACAUGCAGGACUUCGUCAAGGUGCUGGGCCUCAAGCACCGGCGCGAGGUGGCCGGCAAGAGUGCCAUCUUCAGCGGGGAGCACUUUGUCUUUUUGCUGAACCUCUUCCGCCUCUGGUGGCACUACGGCAUCAGCUUCCUGCGCCUGCAGAUGGGGUUGGAGUAGGUGAUGGAGAAGUUCAUGAGGAUCUACAAGUACCAGGCGUACGGCUAUGCCUUCUCCAGCCUCGAGGAGCUCCUGCGCUCGCUGGGGGGUGAGGCCUUCGUCAACAUGACGCAGCGCUCGGUGGCCGAGUCCCUGCUGGAGGUGGGUGUCACGCAGCGCUUCGUGGACGACGUCAUCGCGGCCGUCCUGCGCUCCAGCUACGGCCAGUCCGUGCUGGUGCCCGCCUUCGCAGGAGCCAUGUCGCUGGCGGGAGCCCAAGGCAGCACGUGGGCGGUGGAAGGAGGCAACAAGCUGGUGUGUUCGGGGCUGCUCAAGUUGACCAAAGCCAACGUGAUCCCUGCCAGGGUGACGGGCGUCUCUCUGCACAGCUCGGAAGGGAGAGCCCUGUACCAGGUGCACUACGAGGACGGCGAGGGCCAGGGCUCGGGUUUCUACGACAUGGUGGUGCUGACGGCUCCCCUGCACCCCAGCAAGAGCAACUUCACCUUCCAGAACUUCGAGCCGCCCAUCACUGACUUCCCCGGGGCCUUCCAGCCCUCCGUCACCUCCGUGGUGCACGGCUACCUCAACUCGUCCUACUUCGGCUUCCCCGACCCCAAGCUCUUCCCCUUCGCCAGCAUCCUCACCACCGACACCCCCAACCUCUUCUUCAACGCCAUGGACAACAUCUGUCCCGUCAACAUCUCCUCGGCCUUCCGGCGCAAGCAGCCGCAGGAGGCCGCGGUGUGGCGAGUCCUCUCCCAACAACCGCUGGACAAGCAGCAGCUGAAGACCCUGUUCCGCUCCUACUACUCGGUGCAGGUGACAGAGUGGCAGGCGUAUCCCCACUACGACGCCGCCAAGACCCUGCCGCCCAUCGUGCUCCACGACAACCUCUUCUACCUCAGCAGCGUGGAGUGGGUGGCCAGCUCCAUGGAGAUGGUGGCCGUGGCAGCCAAAAACGUGGCCCUCCUGGCUUAUAACCGCUGGUAUCAGGACCUGGAGAAAAUCGACCAGAAGGACUUGAUGCACAAGGUGAAGACUGAACUGUGAUGCCCGGCGGGGAAGGUGGGCCAGGAGCUUCUGCGUGUGGUAGCCUUGGGGGUAUUUAUUGCCUUGGGGACAGCACGGGGGGCUGGGCUGGGGGACGGGGUGGUGGGAAGGGGAAGGGCUGUGUCCCAGGUGACCUGAACAUGCUUUGCCUCCAGGAAUACAGUCCCUGCCCUGUG